GGUGAGAUAGAUGCCAUAGAAAUAACAUUUGGACAGCUUCACAGUGUUGUAAAAACGGAGUCUUUCAGCGGCUUACAGGACAGAAAGAGGCUGGCCAUCACAGAUAUGAAGUGUCUGCUGAUAUUUACACCAGCUGGUAUGACAUUAUGGAGACCAUGCAGAUGUGUUUCCUGUUUACUGUGGCUGUUCAUCUAUCUGUGCUGCGUGACUCCCUUGAACAUUACUCCAAUGACGUCAGGCCUGCGCUCGGCCUUCUCUGCCACACGUAGUACCAGUGUGUUGGGUGGCUCUCAGCGAGCUUUGUCCUUUGACCGUCUCCUAGUCAACGUUGGUGAUGACUUCAACCCAGAUACAGGCCGUUUCCGAUGCCGCUUGCCUGGUGCAUACUACUUCUCAUUCACGGUGGGAAAGUUUCCUAAGAAGAUGUUGUCGGUUAUGUUGGUGAAAAAUGGGAUGGAAAUUCAGGCCAUGGCAUAUGACGGAUCCAGAAAGAAAGGCCGCAAGGUGCAGAGUCAGAGUGUGAUGAUCAGUCUAAAGCCUAUGGACACAGUCUCCCUGCUGCUUCAGGAAAGCCCUGACUAUGCCAUAUACAGCAAUAUCGGACCAUACAUCACAUUUAGUGGUUAUCUCAUCUACCCAGACUCCACGUCCUCUAUUGAGUAUCUCAAUAACCACUUGUCUCCUCCAGGGCUCCAUCUCCCAGGUUGUCCUCCCCCUGUAGACCCUCAUUAUAAUUGGAGAAGAAGAGCUGCCUAUGAGGAACCAAGGUCUGCAUUUUCAGUGGCAAGGACAUCAUCGGCACUGGGAGAACGCAAAGGACAUCAUGAGAGAGAAGCUCUCACGUUUGACGUGGAGUACAUCAACAUUGGUGGCCAUUUCAACAAAACAUCUGGACGUUUCACCUGCCACUUCCCUGGUGCAUAUUACUUCGCAUUUACCGUGGGCAAGCACCCCCACCGGGCAGUCUCUGUAAAGUUGAUGAGGGGCAGAACGGAGGUUCAAGCCAUGGUGUUCGACGAGGACAUGUCUCGGAGGAGAGAGAUGCAGAGUCAGAGUCUACUGUUGUCACUGAGGAAAGGAGAUAAUAUCUGGCUGUACAGUCAACAGGAUGAGGGCUAUGCUGUUUACAGCAACCAAGGACGCUACACAACCUUCUCUGGUUUCCUUGUCUACCCUGAUGGUGAAUCCAUAAACACAGACAGAACUUUCCCUUGAGACCAGAAGCCAGCUUAAGUGCUAAAUAAUUAAUUGGUCUGCCUUUAAGCUUUAGUUUUUAUAUUAAAACUGUCAAUACCUGCGUUUUUCUCAACAUAGUGUUGAUGCCAUUUACCUUUACAUACUGUCCCAGCUAAAAUGUAUCACUGUGGGGGCCUGGGUAGCUCAACGAGUAAAGACGCUGACUACCACACCUGGAGUGGCGAGUUCGAAUCCAGGGCAUGCUGAGUGACUCCAGCCAGGUCUCCUAAGCAACCAAAUUGGCCUGGUAGCUAGGGAGGGUAGAAUCACAUGGGGUAACCUCCUUGUGGUUGCUAUAAUGUGGUUCGCUCUCGGUGGGGUGCGUGGUGAGUUGUGCAUGGAUUCUGCGGAGAAUAGCGUGAAGCCUCCACACGUGCUACGUCUUCGCGGUAACACACUCAACAAGCCAUGUAAUAAGAUGUGUGGAUUGACAGUUUCAGACGCGGAGGCAACUGAGAUUCGUCCUCCGCCACCCGGACUGAGGCGAGGCACUACGCCACCACGAGAACUUAGAGCACAUUGGGAAUUGGGCAUGCCAAAUUGGGGAGAAAAAGUGGAGAAAUAAUAAUAAUAAUGUAUCAUGUUGAUUAUUUUUAUUGAACAUCUUAUUAAGGUCAGGUCCUUAUACUUAAAUCAUAAUGUAAAUAUUGUAUAAUUUCAUGGGUAAACCUUAAUAAUGGUAAUCACAUUCAUUCAUAACAUUAUGUUAUCAUAUUAUAUAAUGGCUUGCCGGUGAUAACUAGUUAAUGUACAUUAAAAUAAAAAUUAGAAGAUAGAAUGUGUACAAAUUUCUGAUAUGUUAAGCAUUAUACAUAUAUAUCUGUUAAGCAUUAUAAAUAUAUAUAUAUAUAUAUAUAUACUAUACAUGGAAGUUAAAAUGGAAGUCAUUAAAAGUGUCACAUUUUCUUGUAUGAUUGUUUUGCGGGUUAUGUAAGUGCUAGUUUCUCAUAUUGUUAGAGCCAAAAUGCUCAAUGUAAGUAUAGUUUAUGCUAAUUGUAUUUAACUUUUGUAUUUACUGUUGCUAACAAAUAGAGGUUUAACAAAUAUUGGAAACAUUGCCUUCUUAGGAAGCUAUGAUAUUCCAGAGAUCAUGUGUAUUAUUUUACAAAUAAUAAACUGAUACAAAUACAAAUAAACAAAUAAACUGAUUUAAGUAGUA